AUGGACAGUGACUAUACUGCAAAGCUUGUGUACUCUGGUGAAGGAGAAGCAAUUUUAUUUAAUCAUAAUGUUUCAUAUUUUGAUUUUGCUAAUUCUGUACGUGAUCGAUUUCACGUAUUGGGCAGAAGCAUUGUCAAGCUGAGGUCUAUUUCCAGAGAAGCUAAUUGUGUUGCUGAUAAGUUGGCCGACCUCGGUCAUGCUAGAAUGAGCUCUGAAGUUUGGCUUUCUUAUCUCCCUGUUUUCCAGAGUUCAAUCUGGAUCAACUGGGUGGAUACUGUGUUCAAUGCAAAUGGAAGACCCCGCCGUCGAGAAAAUCGCAAUCUCUGGCCCCGCCCUGGCCUCCAUGAUCCAACGCUUCUCCACCUCCCGCUCCUCCGUCGACGGCUUAAUCUUUGGCCACGUCAGCCUCCUCGCCCCUACUCUCUCCGACGACGAUUCCUCCUCCUCCUCCACCCUCAUCGCCACCGUCACCUCCUUCUUCUGCUCCUCCUCCUCCCUCUCCUUCUACUCCCCUCGGGUCAAGUCGACCAGAUCCUCCUCCGCCGCCUCGCCCAAUCCCAAUCCCCCUCCUCCCACCUCCUCGGCUGGUUCUCCGGCCGCCGCAGAUCCCACCUCCGUCCCUCCCUCCGCGAAUUCGCCGUCUCCAACUCCCUAACCUCCAACCCUAGCCUCUCUUUCCCGAUCCAAACCUCUCCGCCGCCGAUCGCCGGCGACCUCAAACCCUGCCUGUUCCUCCUCUUCGCUUCUCCGAUCACCGAUCAGACAAUCCACACUCACGAGUACCGCGCCUACCAGUUCCGGACCGCCACGCGCUCGUUCGAGCCGAAAUCGAUCGACAUUGUCAACAUCGGUCCGGCGUUUCGAGGCCACUACGGCGCGUUCAGCCCCAGCUCGCAGUUUCCGGCUCUGCCGUGUGAGCUGAGGGCUGAGCCGAUGAAUGUGGAUAGGGGAGAAGAGAGUUUGGGGCAGUUGAAGACUCAGAGUGAGCUGGAUAUGUGGGCCGAGGGGUUAGAGGUGAGUAGCUUGAGUAGGCUGAUGGGUUUGGAGGCGGCGAGUUACACUUCUGGUGUGGAGGAAUUGUAUGGAAAGAUGCUUGUGAAGAUUGAGAGCUUGGCUAGGGAAGUUGAGGACAGCUCUGCGAAGAUUCGAGAGCAGGAAGAUCAUAAUAGGAAGUUGCGGUACAAAGCUGCUAGGACUGCUGGAUUGUAGAAAUUGCCGACUCUUGGGUGCUUUUAUGCUUAUGUAAGGGAAAUGUGUGUACAGGAAACUGCCUGUGCCAAUCUGGUAGCUGAUGGGUAAGAGAUUUGGACACGCAGCAUUGCUUUGGAUGAAUCCCGCAGUUUGAUGAAUUUUUAUACGAUGAUCAUCUUUUGGAACAUUGGAAAUGUUUUUGUACUGGCAUGGUUAAUUUCUCAGGUGGUAGUGAAGACAUGGAUAGCUUGAAGUGCCUUCUUUCUGUUAUUUGUGCUCUAGAGAUAUCCAGCAUCAACUUGUGUAUUAUCAUUCAUGCUUAUGUUGGUAUAUAUUUUUAUCAGUUCGGAAAUUCAUAAAAACAAUAAAAUUGUUCAACCAAAAAAAAAUGAAUAGGGGCUUGCUCAAGCCCAACCCAUAUUUUACUGAUG